CAAAUCUUUUAGAAAACGAGCUGAAAUCGAGUGAUAGCGAGUAAUUUUUGGGCUUAAACUUCUUAACUCAUUCAUAAAAAUCAGAACUCAGAUGGCGAAAUAGAUAGAGCACUGAGCACUUGCCGCAGGUCCGUGCCACUAACACCGUUUCUCCAUUUUCCUAGGGAUUUCAACUUUAUUAAAACAACAUAAAUUAAGAUGUCGUCGGCUACGUCCAUCUCCGCCACUAUCAGGCAUCUUCAUAUACGCCCUUGUCCCGCCCUGUCUAUAUUUACGCCUAGAACAUGUGUGCCGGCAAUUGGUGACCGGCAGAAAAAAUUCUGCGUUAAAAUGUCUUCGAAAGCAUCGGACACGCUUGAAGUCUGCGCUAAAGAAUCUGUUACAGCUCCCAACAAGCUUGGAGAUUGUCCAUUCACUCAAAGGGUCUUGUUAACAUUGGAGGAAAAACAUCUUCCCUAUGACUUAAAGUUGGUUGAUUUGAGGAACAAACCUGAAUGGUUCUUGAAUAUAAGUCCCGAAGGUAAAGUUCCCUUGAUAAAGCUCGAUGACAAGUGGAUACCUGAUUCUGAUGUUAUAACUCAGGCGUUAGAAGAGAAGUUUCCAGAACCCCCACUUGCAACGCCACCAGAGAAAGCUGCUGCUGGUUCCAAGAUAUUCUCGACAUUUAUUGGAUUUCUUAAAAGCAAAGACCCAAAUGAUGGAACAGAGCAAACGUUACUAACUGAGCUCGGGGACUUCAAUGGUUAUCUUGAGGACUGUGGCCCAUUUAUCAAUGGAGAAGUGAUAUCGGCAGCUGAUUUGUCACUUGCACCAAAGCUCUACCAUCUUGAGAUUGCUUUGGGACACUAUAAGGAGUGGUCUGUCCCAUCAUCACUUACCUAUCUGAAUUCAUACACGAAGACUAUAUUCUCCAUGGAUUCUUUCAUCAAAACUCGAGCUCUACCGGAAGAUGUGAUUGAAGGCUGGCGGUCGAAAGUCGAAGGUUGAUAAAUCCAUUAGAGUUGUCAUCUUCUCGACAUUCUUCGACUUAUGGGGUGUGCACCAUGCAAUUUCCAACAUGUGGUGCUAUCUUGUUGAUAAAUCUUGAAGUACAUGCUUACUGAUGCAAGUGAAUUGAAUUCAAAUGUUUGGUGCAUCCAACUAUAUUCAAAUAUGCAGUGGAGCUAUUUAUAUUAAUUUGAGUUUGUGGGAAUAGAUAUGAGAUAAAAAUGAAGUGGUUUGAUAUGAAAAUAAG